AUGGCAGCAACAUCGUCUACGGACGGCCCAGCAUUGGCACCAUGGCGAAAGCAGUUCGAAGAGCAUCUGGGCAAGAUGGACUCGCCAGAGUUCGUCUUCAGUUCGUUGCACCCAGCUUCAAACAAAGAUUCGCCAGUCCCAUAUGUACCGCGAGCGAGGUUUUGCAUUCACAGAGGAUUCUGGUCCGAGCUGCCAGAGAACAAACAUAACGAUGCGCCCAAGAACGAGAGAGUCUUCGAGAGCGACAUGCCCACUUUCACCACCGAUGUGAGGAUGCAGAAGACGUUUGAGUUGUUCAAUUCGAGUAGUGGACACGCGGACAGGGAAGAGCUGGUGCAGGGCAGUGGUGGCGGUGGUCCUGUUGAGGCAGUAUACUGGGCGAAGGAGGUCAUGGUUCAGUGGAGAAUCAAGGGCGAGGCUUUCAUCAUCGGUAACGACAUCGAGGGUGACAGCGACCAGAGCAAGGAGUCCAGUGGUGUCCGGACCGUCAAGAGCGAGCUAGGAUCCCGCAUGCGCGUCGUCAAGGAGGACGGUCGGGACAAUUGGUCCUGGAAGACAGAGCUCACCGGUCACUUUGGAAACAUCUCUCCAGGAAUGAGAGGUUCUUUCAAAGCACCGCCUCCUGGUCAGCCUGUGAACAAGCCGUAUGACGACAAGAACCUCAAGCAGGGUGAGAAGGUCGAGGACUUUCACGAUCCAGUUGCUCGCAAGAACUUCCGUGUCUGCGUGAUCAAGCCGGAAGAGGUCGAAUCUGUCGACUUGUCCGAUCCUAUGAGCUCCAGGCGGCAAGUGUACAAGUUCGAUGACAAAACACAAAGCUGGUCUCACGAGGAAUGUUGGCCAUGA